AUGAAGCGCAAGCUCUCAGAUGCCGGCGAACAGCCGCAGGUCUCGACCCCAAAGAGACGACGGACAGCCCUUGAACAAUCCAACGGUGCCGUCAACGGCACCGCCCCUAAUCACGCGCCCUCGAACGACUUCGAACUUCCACCACAGCAGGAGAAAUCCACACCAAAGAAGGCCAAUGGCGUUUCUGCGACGCCACUCCAACAAUCUGGGCUGAAAACGCCCACUCACAAGUCCAAGGCUCGGAACUUGUUCGCUACGCCCACCAAGCCCAAAUCUGCGACUGCGGCCACCCCGUCGCGAGUGAAGAAUGCAGACCGCUCGGCGAGGAAGAAGAGCGCAAGAGUGCUACUUGAGCAGGAUGAGGAUGCUGCGUGGGAUGGGUCCGAGCGACUUGCGGAGGAGAUCCUACAGGGCGACGAACCGGAACCAGAGAACCCCGAUCAGCCUGUGACUGAGAGUAUAGAACCGGAGGAGGCUGCGGAAAAGGGAGCAAAAGAGCCCAAGCGACGGGCAGGUCGGCCAAAAGGCGCCAGGAACAAGCGCUCUCCGACGCCUGAGGGCGAGCUUCCUGCCCACGAACGAUACUUUUUCCAGAAUCGAGCCGGUCCCAACAAGACAUCCAAUGCAACACUCAAUAAAGUCCCGCUGUUAACGCAUGAGGAGUACUUUGAAAAGCUGGAGAGCUACCAAGACCCUUGCAGGGAAGAGAAGGAAUACCUGCUAUCCCUACACCACCGGUCGUUCCCCCAGUGGGCCUUCGAAUUUGACGAAGGCUUCAGCAUCUGCUUAUUCGGAUACGGCUCCAAGCGCAAGCUCGUGGAUCAAUUCGCAGAAUGGAUAUACAACCACCGUCUGUCAGCCAGCACAAAUUCACCCAUCGUUGUCGUCAACGGCUACACGCCUGGCAUUUCCAUCCGAACGAUAUUUGCUACGAUCGUCACAGCAGUCAUGGGCGAGAACGCUCCUUCCAAACUGGGCGCACAGCCAACUGAAGUUCUGGAACUCUUGCAAUCGGUUCUCAAUGCCCGCCCAGAGGGAGAAGAACCAAUUACUGUGUUGAUCAACUCGAUCGACGCCCCGCCUCUCCGUCGCGCUGUCAACCAAGCCCUGCUCGCGCGUUUGGCCGCUACCCCACGCAUUCGCGUUCUCGUCACGGCCGACACCCCCAACUUCCCCGUCAUGUGGGACAUCAGUCUGCGCGAUCAAUUUAACCUUCUCUUCCACGACUGUACUACAUUCCUACCCUUCUCUGCAGAGGCCGACGUGGUCGAAGAAGUCCAUUCGCUCCUUGGUCGCAAGGGCCGUCGCGUUGGCGGAAAGGAUGGUGUCGGCUUCGUACUCAAAAGUCUUCCUGAGAACGCACGCAACUUAUACCGUCUACUUCUAACUGAGCUCAUUACCGGCUUGGAAGACGGUCACCAGUCCGACGAUGAGGGCGCGCUUGAUAGUGGCAAGCCUGAUGAAACGGGUAUCGAAUUCCGCAUGCUUUACCAAAAGGCAACAGAGGAGUUCGUCGCGUCUUCAGAGAUGAUGUUCCGCACCUUGUUGAAGGAGUUCCAUGAUCACCAGAUGAUCACUUCACGUAUGGACGCCAGCGGCAUGGAGAUAUUGGGUGUUCCGCUCUCCCGUGACGAGAUGGAGGGCGUACUCGAGGAUCUGGUGCUAGGGUAG